AUGACUAUAGAGGCGGUGGGUACUGGAAAGGGAAUCAGAAUCUAUGAAAAGAAGAAUGACGAGAACGAUGGUCAAAGCAGCAUGGGCGAUUAUGGACUUUUUUUGGUCUUCAUACUCCAAAUCCACACACGAGCAAGACCCGUUGACUCAGUCACCUUGGCCAAUAGUCCAGGUCUGGCGGGUUUGACCGGGAUCGGACAGGUUUGUCCAAGUCCUGGCGGAAGCUUGGCUGGACCACUGGCACCCAUUUUCAUGGAUGGGUCGGGCCAAUCUGGGCCGACUCUUGGUUGA